AAUGCACGGUGACCUGAAGGCUCUGGACGUGAGGCUCCUCAGGACUCGAGCCCGGCUGCUGGGGCUCCUCCUCCUCGCCGCGGCGUGCUGCCUCCACCCGCCCGUCAGCGCCCAGGUGGAGGUGCUGAUGGAGGCGGGCGGGCGCGGCGAGCUGGAGGCCUCCAUGCACUCCUCCGUCCUCCGGGACUUCCAGGAGGUCACGGAAGGGAUCCGGGAGAUGGAGGCCGUCGCCGUGGAAACCGGCGACACAGCACAGACCCAGCAGAACGCGGCGCCGCCCACUGCCUUCCCAGACUCCUCAGCGGUGGUGGGGCGAGUCUUCCAGGUGAAGGUGCCAAACAAGAUGGAGGAUGUUGACCUGGGUGACAUCAUCAAGAUCUCGGAGCUGGGGAAGGACUCGCUCCCCCCCUGGCUGCACUGGGACGCCGGCACUAGGACCCUGCAGGGACUUCCUCUGGAGGAGGACAAAGGCGUCCAUUACAUCUCCGCCUCCAUCUCCAACCACACAGAGUCCUCAGAGUCUUCUGAGGUGUUUUCCAUCGAGGUCCACCCUGAGGAUCAUCAGGAUGCAGACGCGGCCCAGCUGGCGUCCAACCAGGCGGCGGCGGAGGAGGAGCUCCGGCCGUUCGUCUGUGGGAAGGAGGAGCCUGUCACCGUGCUGACGGUGAUCCUGGACGCGGAUCUAACCAAGAUGAGCUCCGAGCAGAGGGUGGAGCUGCUGGACCACAUGAGGAGCUUCUCCGGGGUGGAGCUCCAGCACAUGAAGGUCCUGCCCGUGGUCAACAACCGGCUGUUCGACAUGUCGGCGUUCAUGGCCGGGCCGGGGAACGCCAAGAAGGUGGUGGAGAACGGAGCUCUGUUGUCGUGGAAACUCGGCUGCUCGUUGGACCAGAGCCGGGUCCCGAACAUCCACGGCGUCCAGGGUCCGGCGCGGGACGGCAGCAUGUCGGCGCGGCUGGGCGUCCCGGUGGUGGGCUGGCACAUCGCCAACAAGAAGCCCUCCGUCCCCAAGAGGGUGCGGCGCCAGCUGAACAACACGCCCACGCCGGUGCUGGCCGUGCUCCCCCCCACCACCGUGGUGGAGCCCCCGGUGAGGAUCGUCCCCACCCUCUCCUCCCCCUCUAUCGCCGCGCCGACCGAGAGCUCCGCCCCCCCCGUACGAGGGCCCGUCCCCCUUCCGGGCAAACCCACCAUCCGAGUCCGUGACUCCAUCGCCCACACGCCGACCCUGGGACCGCCUCAACCGACCAGGGUGGUGGAGUCCAGCAGCACGCUUCCCAUCCAGCCCACCGCGACCCGGCCCACGUUCGUGGAGGCGACCGCCACCCCCCCCACGCCGACCAGGAGACCUACCAAGAAACCUAAGAGGCCGAAAUCCACGCCGGUGCCCAGAGAGCCAAAGACCUCCACCGCUAAGCCGGCCGCACGCACCACCCCCCCAUCCCCGGGCGUCAUCGUGGAUCCGUCCAAUCACAAGCCGAGCCUGAAGAACCCCCUGGACCAGGUCAAUGCGCUGGUGGGAACCUACUUCGAGGUGAAGAUCCCGCUGGACACGUUCUUCGAUUACGAGGACGGCACGACCGACAAGCUGCGUCUGACCUUGAGACAGAACCACAACGAGGUGGUGGGCGACGCCUCCUGGAUCCAGUUCAACUCCACCAGCCAGCUGCUCUACGGCCUGCCGGACGCCGCCCAUGUGGGCAAACACGAGUACUUCAUCUAUGCAACGGACAAAGGAGGCCUGAACGCCAUCGACGCCUUCGAGGUGCGUGUUAACCGCUGGCCCGUCAACGACAAGAACCCGGUGGUCUUCACCGCCCGGUUCGACGGAGCGCCACAUUCUGUCACGCACGACAUCCACAAGAAGAUCCUCCUGGUGAAGAAGCUGGCGUACGCCCUCGGGGAUCGCAACAGCAGCACGGUGAGUCUCCUGAACAUCAGCAAGGGCUCGAUCGUGGUGGAGUGGACCAACACCAGCCUCCCGACGCACCCGUGUCCCCGGGAGCAGCUGCUGGUCAUGAGCAGGACACUCGCCAACAGUGAUGGUCGGCCGUCGCAGACCUUCAGGUACGCCAUGGAGCCGGAGUUCAGACCUCUGGACGUCAGCGUCAGAGGAAGAGCCAGCUGCAGGAAGUACUCCUUUGUGCCACCAGGGGAGAUCGACCUCCCGGAGCCGCCGGCCGUGACCCCGGCGCUGGGGACGGGUCGUCAGAGCACGGACGACGUGUACCUCCACACCGUCAUCCCUGCCGUGGUGGUCGCCGCCAUUCUGCUCAUCGCAGGCAUCAUCGCGAUGAUCUGCUACAGGAAGAAGAGGAAGGGCAAGCUGACCAUCGAGGACCAGGCCACCUUCAUCAAGAAGGGCGUGCCCAUCAUCUUCGCGGACGAACUGGACGACUCCAAGCCGCCUCCCUCCUCCAGCAUGCCCCUGAUCCUGCAGGAGGAGAAACCCCCCCUCCCACCGCCCGAGUACCCCAACAUGGCCACGCCCGAGACCACGCCCCUCAACCAGGAGCUGCUGGGCGAGUACACGGCGCUGCAGGACGACGACCCCAACGCCCCCCCCUACCAGCCUCCGCCUCCCUUCUCCACUCCCAUGGAGGGCAAGGGCUCCCGGCCCAAGAACAUGACCCCCUACAGAUCGCCCCCCCCCUACGUGCCGCCCUAAGACCCGCCUCCACCCCCUCCCCCCCUCGCCGGGCGGAGGGAGAGGACGCCUGAGGAACUGCGUCGGUUUCCAUUCUGGCGUCUGGACUUUGACGAGAGGUGCUAACGUACAA